GCCGGGCCCCGGACAGCAGCAGCUCCAUGGACAGGUUCCAGCUGGAAGCCCUGGUCCCAGAGCUGGGCCAGGAAUGGAGUUGUCCACUGCACCGCUGCCCCCUUUCCCUUCCUCCCAGUGGCCCCGACCGGUCCCCGCGGCCCCAAGUCCAGAGCUCCCCCAGAGCCCCGGACCCUCCCCGCCUCUCCUACCUCCAGGCCCAUCAGGAGUGCCGGGGGCUCUUUGCCCCGGGCGGGCCUGGGGACAGGGCUGCCCUCUGCUCCCACCGCUCCAGCCUCAGUCCCUCUCCCGUCCCCUCGCAGCAGGACACCUCCUGGAAGGGGCAGCCCCUGCAACGCCACGUUGUCAGCGUCGGGCACGAACGGGCCUUCCGGAUGCCACGGAGCUACUCCCAGCUGAUCGCCGAGUGGCCACUAGCCGUGCUCCUGCUGUGCCUGGCCACCGUCCUGCUGUGCACACUGGCCGGGUUGUUGGGCGGUCUGUUGCCCGACUUUUCUCAACCCCUCCUGGGCUUCGAGCCACGGGGCACGGACAUCGGGCGCAAGCUGGCCGUCUGGCGGACCGUGGAGGGCCACACCGGUCCCCAAAAGGCCCUUCUUCUGGCUCCUGACCCCGAGCAGAACAGCUCCCACAGUAAUUUCACCGGGAGCUCCAUCGAUGGGGAGGAGCCAGGUUGGACCCAGAGGAUGGUGGAUCCCGUGGAGGGCAGAGAGCAGGAUGGCUUCUUCUGUGGCCCCCCAGGGAAGAGUUACUCGCAACUGGUGUUCAUGUCCACCACGGCGGGCAGCCUGUGGAACCUGCCGGCCGUUCAGUCCAUGUGCCGCCUGGAGGAGGACAAGAUCCGCUCCCACGCCCGCUUCGGCGAACUGUGCCAACGCACGGCCGCCAACGCCUGCUGCCCCAGCUGGUCCCUGGGCAACUACAUCGCCGAGCUGCACAACCGCUCCUCCUGCCUGGCGGUGACCCAGGGCGACCUGGCCCGCACCCUGGCCCUGCUGCGGGCCUGCGCCCCGGACUACCACCGCGGGGCCCUGGCCCCCGCCUGCCUGGGGCCCGGGCGGAGCCGGCACCCGCGCUGCGCCCGGUUGGCCGAGAGGUGCGCCCGCGACGGCGGCACCGUGUACCAGCUCCUCCACUUCCUGGUGGACCGGGAUUUCCUGAGCCCCCAGACGGCCGGCUACCGGGUGCCGUCGCUCAAGUACAGCCUCCUCUUCCUGCCCACCCAGAAGGGGCCAUCCAUGAUGGGCAUCUACCUGGACGCGCUGGCCUCGCCGCAGGGCCUGUCGGACAACUUCACCACGGUGACGGGCAUGGACCUGGGCCUCAAGGAGCAGCUGUUCCGCCACUACCUGGCCCGGGACCUGGUGUACCCGCUGCUGGCCGUGGGCACCAUCUUCCUCAGCGUGGCCCUCUACCUGCGCUCGCUCUUCGUCACCCUCAUGGCGCUGCUGGUGGUUGUGGGCAGCCUGCUGGUCUCCUUCUUCCUCUACCGGGUGGCCUUCCGCCUGGCCUACUUCCCCGUCGCCAACCUGGCCGCCGUGGUCCUGCUCAGCCCCGUCUGCGCCAACCACAGCCUGGUCUUCUGCGACCUGUGGCGGCUCAGCCGGGGCCAGCUGCCGCCCGCGGCGGGCCUGGUGCAGAGGGUAGGCCGCACCCUGCGGCCUUUCAGCUACCUGCUGCUCCUGUCCGGGCUGACCUCCAGUGCCGCCUUCUUCGCCAGCUCCCUGAGCCACCUGGCCGCCGUCCGCUGCUUCGCCGUCUACAUGGGCACGGCGGUCCUGGUGAGCCUGGCGCUGGCGCUGACCUGGCUGCCCUCGGCCAUGGUGCUCUACGAGCGCUACCUGGCCCCGGGCUGUGCCACCCGGGAGGCCCGGGGUGGCCGCGGGGCCCGGAGGCUGGUGCCAGCCCUGGCGCUGCCCCGCCGGGCCCUGGCGGGCGCUUCGCACCUCCUGUUCCAGCGGCUGCUCCCCUGCGGGGUCAUCAAGUUCCGCUACAUCUGGGUGGGCUGGUUCGCCGCGCUGGCGGCCGGGGGAGCCUACAUGGCCUGCUUCAGCCCCCGCCUGCGCCUGCCCACCUUGACCCUCCCCGGCAGCCAGCUGUUCCGGCCCGGCCACCCCUUCGAGCGCUUCGACGCCGAGUACCGCCAGCAGUUCGGCUUCGAGCGGCUGCCACGUGGCGAGGGCGGGCCCAUGCCCGUCGCCCUGGUCUGGGGCGUGCUGCCCGUGGACACGGCCGACCCCCUGGACCCCCGCGGCCGGGGUGCCCUGGUGAGGGACCCCGCCUUCGCCGCCGGGGACCCCCAGGCCCAGCGCUGGCUGCUAGGCCUCUGCCACCGGGCGCGGAACCAGAGCUUCUUCCGCGCCGAGCCCGAAGGCCUGCCCAGCGUCUGCUUCGUCGAGGAGCUGCGACGGUGGCUGGACUCCCGCCCCUGCCCGACCCCCGAGCCCUGCUGCGGGCCCGGACGCUUCCCCCUGGCCCCGAGCCUCUUCCUGCACUGCCUGCGGCUCAUGGCCCGCGAACGGGCCCAGGACCUGGGCCUGCGCUUCGACGCCUCGGGCGGCCUGGCCGCCCUCGUCCUGCAGUUCCACACCACCUUCUGCUACAGUGCCAAUUACACCCGCACCCAACGCUUCUACCGAGCCGUCAGCCGCUGGCUGCGGGACGAGCUGGCCACCGCCCCGCAGGGCCUGCGCAACGGCUGGAUGACGGGACGCCUCGAGGUGUACAGCCUGCAGCUGAGCCUGAGCACGGAGCCCGGCGCCGUGCUGGGCCUGGCCCUGGCCCUGGCCUUCGCCACCCUGCUGCUGGGCACCUGGAACCUGCCGCUCAGCCUCUUCUCGGUCACGGCCAUCGCGGGCACCGUGCUGGUGACGGCCGGGCUGCUGGUCCUGCUGGAGUGGCAGCUGAACGCGGCCGAGUCCCUGUUCCUGUCGGCGGCCGCGGGGCUGUCGGUGGACUUGACGGUCAAUUACUGCGCGUCCUACCACCUGUGCCCGCAGCCGGACCGGCUGAGCCGCGUGGCCUUCUCGCUGCGCCACCUGAGCCGGGCCACGGCCGUGGGGGCCUCGGCCCUGUUCCCGGCCGGGGUCUUCAUGCUGCCCUCCACCGUGCUGCUCUACCGCCAGCUGGGCAUCUUCCUCCUCACCGUCCGCUGCGUCAGCUGCGGCUUCGCCAGCUUCUUCUUCCAGUCGCUGUGCUGCUUCUUCGGGCCCGAGCGGGGCUGCGGGCCGGUCCUGGGCUCCCGCGCCCCCUUCCCGCGGCCCUCGGCGGCCGAGGAGCCCCGCGGGCGCGGCCCCGGCCCGCGGCCCCGCAGCGCCAGCCUGGACACCAGCACGGACACCAGCAAGCUCAGCCAGCGGCCCUCCGUGCUGUCGGAGGAGCUGGCGGACGGCCCCUGGGGGGCCCGGCCCCCGGCCCUGCACACCUCCUCCCCCGCGGCCCGCCGCCCCUCGGCCCCGCCCGCAGAGACCCCCGACCCGCCGCCCACCCUUCCCCCUCCUCAGGCAGCCCCCCCGACGCCCCCUCCCCUUCUCCGCAAGACCCCGCUCCCUCGCCCUUCCCAGAAAGCCCCCCCGCCGCCCCCUCCGCCCCCUCCCCUUCUCCAGGGAGCCCCACUCCCUCUCCCUUCCCAGAACCCCUCCACAGCCCCUUCCCCUUCCCCAGAAGACCCCUCCCCAGAGAACCCCACCGCCGGCCCCCCGGCCCCGGAGCGGGGUCAGCUGAACGGCCAGAGGGGCGGCCUGAGGUUGGCCCUUCGAGAAACCGUCUAUGACCCAAGUGGGUCGUCGAGGAGGGCCCGAGGGGCAGCCGCAGGAGAGGGGCCCGUCGUGCUGCCCAACAGCCAGCCGGAUCUGCCGGACGUGUGGCUGCCCCGGACCAGCUCCCCACCCGCCGGCUACGGUGGGCCAAGCGAGGAUGGACUGGGGAUUGACCGGAGGCCGGAGCCGGGGGUCUGAUCCUCCCCAAGGCCCCUGGGGAUACAUGUCAGGACUCAGCCCUCUGCCAACCUUGGCCCCACAAGAUGUCCCACUGCUCAGGGUUGAAUUGGACAGCUGGGAAGAAGGAAGACCACCCGGGCAGCCGCACGGACGGUGGGCCCAGUCCCUGGCUCCCAGAGGCUAGAGAGGAUCUUUCCAACCCGGACCUGAAGGUUGCAGAGAACCCUGACGUGCCUCAGAGGCCCAUCAGAAACUAUGAGCCCGUACUUUCCCCCAUUUGACUGCCACUCGGGGGACCAGGAGGCCUGAAGACCACACCUGGGGCGAAAGAAAAGGGGGCGAGGGGUCUGCAGGGCCAGGGAGAUGGGCCUCCAGGCGGCCUGGCUGAGGGAGGGAAGCUGCUGAAAGGAAUUAAAGGAGAAACAGGAACUAGGCCGGUUGAGAUCCUCUCACAGGAUCCCUCAGCGUUCCUUGAUUUCCCCCCCUUCAAUGUCAGCUGACGCCCUCCAGGCCGAUCAUCGUCAAUACUGUGGGGAGAGUGCUGAACUGGAUGUAUGCUGCGGGCAGGGCGCUGUACUGGGUGCCUCCUGAGGGCAUUGCGGUGUACCAUGCAUCUAUUGUGUGCAGAGCGCUGUUUUGGGUACCAGGGAACCUACAGCAGAAAUAAAAGACACUGCCCCUCGCCCUCAGGCUGAUGAUGACUAAUAAAGGGAGAUAAAUGAACACAAAUAGCCAACAUACACCAGGUAAAAGAAUGAGAGAGUAGAGAUGGAUAAAAUAAACAGAAAUAAGCUACUAAACAGCUGUCCAUAUUCUGGCUGAAACAGGAAUGGGAGGGGGAAUAAGGGGAUUCCCUGAGGAAAAUGGGGCUCAGACCUCAGCUACAGGGAGCUGGAGAGUGAUUCCAAGAUCCUCCCCCACCCAGGCCCAAACCAAGACUUUGCUUUCUGCCUCAAUCAAUCAAUCAAUCAAUCGUUUUU